GGUCAAAAAAACGAAAAAAAAUGCCACAACAUCCCUCUGCCUACGCUUCGGAACCGAAAAAAUUUAAUUGAGUAUACAUUCCACCCUUACGGCUCUCAUUUUACGAGUUUCUGUCCCGUUAGGGAAUCUACGAUUUCUAUUGUCCUAGUCUGUAAUCCAACUAGUUUGCUUUUGGCAAUAUUUCAACCAGAGCGACAGCUUAAUUGCCAAAAUGAACUACGGCUUGAAUCUUCCAGAGUUUUUCUCUUUAAUGAUAGUCAAAAACCUAGGGUUGAGACCUCCGGCAGUUUGCCGAUUACACCCUCAAAG